GCAAACUACUUCGCAGCAAAGAAGUCCUAAGAAAAUGUUUCGAUACAUCUGCUUAACCGCACUGCUCGCUUUCGCGUAUGCCGCGCCCAUCGACCAGCAAAUGGCAACCAUUGAGCCUGCCAUGGAGCUGAGAGCGCCACCUGUCGACAAUGUGCCAGCGGCGCCGGUGGAAAUGAGAGCACCAGUGGUCGGCAUAAUGGAAGCCGGCCUAAAACAAUCUACUGAUGGCGCCUAUAACUUUUACUAUCGCGGCGAGGAUGGCUCUUUCCGACAGGAAAGCGCUGUCGUAGUCCAUCCAGGCAGCAAAAAUCAACACUUGAAGAUCACUGGCAGCUACUCGUACUUUGAUGCCAAUGGCAAGGAGGUGGUCGUUCUCUACAAGGCCGACGAUCGCGGUUUCGUGCCGCAUGGCAACAAUAUUAUGCCGCAAAUUUCCGCAGCGGCAAAACAGAAUAGUCAACUGCCGCGCAUGGUGGAAGAGCAUGAGCCGAUGCCACAAUCGCCGGUUGUUGGUGGCGUAUGGAGUGACAUGACGCAGAUGCAAUGAGCUAGAAACACGCAUGGAAAUGUGAAAAAAAUUGGUCAAGAGGGAAGAGCGCGGAACGGGGUAAACGCUAUAACAGUGCAGUUGGAUGUGAAAGAAUGAAAGUACCUUUUUUUUUUGUUUUUAAUUUUUAUUUUUUAUCUAACUUAACAUUUAGCAUCUUCUUGAUUUGCUGCAAACGAGAAUAA